CAUGCCGCUCAUUCCUUUGCCUUAAAGCCACUCAGUCCUUGAAAUCCACAUUCCAUCUUUUAUUCUAUUUCCCCGAUUGCCUUUCGUUAAUCAUGGUGCUUUCACGGUCUUUCGCGAUUAUAGCGGUCGCAGCCACCGGCGCAAUCGCCCAAGUGGGGCAGACGCCAGAAUGCAUGGCUCUAGGCGGUGUUUCUAACCUGUUGCAAAUUGGAGACGAAGGGCUACGGUAUUGCUCUUCGAUUUUGAGCAUUGGCACAGUCGUUGACCCAGUCUACUCGACUGUCACAUCGAUACUCACGACCACCAUCAGCGAGGUUACAACCACUGACACCACUCUCCUCACGAAUAUCCUUUCCGCCGGUACAUCAUAUCUGACCGCUUCCUCUACCUUUACAACGACAACUACUGCGACCUCAACCACCACCGCAUUUCGAUGCACGACCGAAAUUCUCCGUCGAGACCUCAACGCAAGAGGCUAUCCUCAUGCAACAAGCUCAGCAACCCCCAAGCACCCAGAGCCUAAACCCCAUGACAGGCACCCUUAUGACCCCCAUGGGAUAUGGUCUCAUCUUUCAAGCUUCUUUUGGGGACACCCAAAGCCGUCGUGGACAGACCAUCACAAGCCCACGCCUACAUCGUCAACCAAACCUGUCAACUGGUAUCCUACCAAGUCAUGGAAAGCCACCACCUCGACUCAGCCUCCCUCUCGUUCGGUAUCACGUACUCCAUCGAUCUCAACAUCUCGCACCGCCUCAAACAGCAUCAGGAGCUCGAUUGCAGCGACAAGCUCAUCUUCCCGUAGAUCAAGCUCCUCUUCUCGCGCAUUAAGCUCUUCGUCCCGCGCAUUAAGUUCGUCUUCUGGUACAUUAAGCAGCUACCUUUCCACAACAUCACGUAAUCCAUCUUCCAGCACUUCUCUUAGUACCUCGAGUAGCUUGGUCCCAAGCAUUUCGAGUGGUGUAAGCACAAACAGCGUUAUCCUCUCGAGCAGUAUCUCUUCGAGCAGUAUUGUGUCCUCUAGUAGUCCUGUUUCUUCUAGCAGCGAUCUCUCCUCUAGCAGCAG